AUGUGCUACUACCACAACUAUUAUGGUAGCCUGGACUAUGGCUGCAGCUAAGGCUCUGAAUAUGGUGACUCUGGUUAUCCCUGCAACUUUCCAAGCUCCUAUAGAAGGUUCCUACUGGCUCCUACAAAGAAAUUCCACUUGCCAAUCACUUUGAGUCAUUUUCUUGUGAUGCACUAA